AACAACGACAGUUCGCUCUCAGUCCAAGAAAAGCAGCCGGCGUAUGCGCUACGCUUUUCCACCUGUCCAAGUGCAAAACCACACAGAAUUCGAACGCCAAAAGGUAUUGCGUGCGUGGUCUUAUCGAGUCGUUGUAGUGGCCAGUCAAUUGGCAUUUAACCCAACUUGAAAACUAACCAAAUUAAAAAUAAGUAAAACCUGAAAACAUGGCCGGUGUCAGCGUGGGAUUUGCCAAGUGUUUUAUGCUCUUUAUGGCCGUUGUCAUAUUGGUACAAGGACUCGUUUACCUGGCACUCGCAAUAUGGGGCAUAACAUUGCGGGACUGUCAGACAACAUCGGAUAUUGCCAACGAACCCUUCAAGUUUGCCAUGGACCUGAUAUACUUUGUGCAGGAGGAAUGCGAAAAUCCGGCUAUCGAUUUUCAGGGCUCUACCUUCGAGCUGACCAUGGACUGGUCCAAGUCCUAUGAGGUGACGCAUCGCGAAUUCAUAUUCAUGGUCACCUAUGCCGUGGUCAGCGGCUUGUGGGUGGCCUCCUCAGUGCUCAUCAUACUCACCCUGUGCUGUGCCACCACCAAACUGAUCUCUGGUGCCAUCUACUGGCCCUGGUUCCUGUCCGUGCUGGCUGGCUGCAUUCUGGACGUGGUGGCCACUGUCUACCAUGCCCUGGACAUAACCAAAACUUUGUCCCUGGAAGAUACAUUCGAUUUUGUGGGCGUCACGUCGGAUGAUCUGACCAGUCAACUGUUGGCAGCUUUGGAAACCUUUGGCGUCUACUUUUCAACGCCCGCCAUAUUGCUGACCUGCAUUAGUUGCCGCGUGGUGCUCAUCUGGCUGCUGAACCUGAUCGGCGGCAUCUUCUGUCUGUCGCUGUCGAAUGUGCUGGCCAACCAGACGGCCGCGAAGGCUAGCAAUAAGGAGUCGGCCAGGCGCCAGCAGACGCCUCCACCUGUGGUGCCGGUGGAGCAUGAGGUGCAGCAGCCAACGGCGCCAGCGGCAAUAACACCGCAGUCCGAGCUGGAGCCACAGUAUCCGGAGCAGAUACGCCCCAAGCCGUUGCCCAUAUUCAUACCAGCGCAAACGUCAGACAUGUUGGAGCGACAGGAUUCCCGCUAUCAGCCCAACGAUCGCAGCUCGCUGCAGUCGCCGGUCCUGGUGUUGCCUCCACCUCAACAACAACAGCAGCUGCAGCAUCAGCAGUCGCAGGUGCUGCAGUCACCGCCAGCUCAGCCGGAGAUCAACACGUAUCGCAACACAAAUGCCCAUCCCGAUCAGCUCAACUAUCCGCCCUCGGAGCCCGCAACGCCACGCCCACUGUCGCCAGCAGCGCAACAGCUGGCCACGGGCUCAGCUCUAAAUAGUCGCUAUUCGGAAAUAUAUCCAGCACAGCCGUCCAAUCCACGCGUCAGCGAGGAGCUGCGCAACCAGAUGCCCUGGUCGUACACGAGCGUGAUCAACAAGCCGCUGCCGCCGCCACGCAAGCCCCAGGUGCAGAUCUAUCCACAGAUACCCGAACCGGAUUAUGCGGAGCAAUAGCUGGUCGGGGCACGGCGCUGAUUGCGGGUUAAUCAGCCUGGUUGCGAUACAUUCUUUGCCACUUGUUUUGAGUUAUUGUUAUCUUUAUUACAUUCAUAAAGCUAAUGCACAUGGCCAA